UAUGGCUGACAUGAUUCAGGCUGAUUUACAUAAAUCAUAUGCAACAGUAUUAAAAUAUUUUAUGCUAACAGGAAUCAACUUGUUCGAUGACAAAAAUAUAUUUAUAUCAAAAUUCAACAACUUAUACAUUUUCUCAUUCAUAUUAUACCUCACAGUUUCCAUAUCCCAUGUGAUCUAUUCGGUGAGACAAUUUUUAGGCGGUGUUGAUUUUUUAGAGACCAUAAUCGACUUAUCUUUUUGUUGCAAUUGUGUUCAAGGUAUCAUCAUGUACAUUUAUAUGUGUGUGAUUAAACAUCGAAUUAAAGACUUCGUAAUGGACAUAGAUAAGCAAUGGAGGGAUGACAGCAGUUUAAAGCCUCGCGUCGCAAUGUAUAAGCGAAAUGAGCUCAAAAAGCUAAAUUUUACCAGCAAUUUGAUAUGCGUAUUAAUUGAAUUAUAUCUACAUGUAUAUAUGUGUUAUCCAAUAACAAAGAUACUAGUCAAAAAAUAUAUAUUCAAUAAAACAGUUCCAUACCAUAGCCCUUUCCAAUUUUGGGUACCGUUCGAAUACAAGGACAACAUUUUGAAAUUCAUUGCCCUUUACUUUGUUGAUUAUUUAAUGGUAUCUAUUUUAGCACAUACUAUUAACUGCAGUUUAUUAGUGCUGACUGUUUCUAUCAAACAAUUGAAUAUUCUAUUUGUAUUGCUGCAAGAAGACUUCAAAGAUAUAAUAGAAUUGAAAGAGGAAGGUAUGAACAUCAAACUGAAGCGAGCGAUUCAGAGACAUUCUAUAUUAAACCGUUUGGUCGUAAAAAUUGGGAACACCUAUGGCAUUCUCUUCGCUAUACAUAUAAUCUUUACAAGCGCUACCGUAUGUUUUUAUAGCGUAACGGCAAAGAUAUAUGGGAGACGAGAAGAUUUUAAAAAUUUGAUUAUAUCUAUUUUAACCUUCUCAAACGUCUUUUAUUGUUGUGCACAAGGACAAUUCCUUAAUGAUGAAGCAGAAAACGUAGCUAAUGUUAUUUACGAAAAUUCGUGGGAAGACCAAUCGAUUGAGAACAGAAAACUGCUAUUAUUGAUAAUUUUAAGAUCUCAACAGACUUUUUACGUCACGUCUACACAGUUUCUAACCAUUUCUUUGAAUACAUUAAUAGCAAUAAUGAAAAUGACGUGGUCUCUAAUUUCUUUAAUUGCAACGAUGUAUGACUAAAAAUAAUAAGACUAAACAAAAAUAUCUAUACUUUUGUUUACCACUACAGCAGCUUCGAAGAUGUUCAUACACGCGAAUAACCAAAUUUUAUAUAGAUUUUAUAAUUUAUUAGUGAAAAAAAAGUUAAGGCUUCUUUAAAAACAGUUCUUAUGAACUUAUUUAUAAUUUUAUAGUACACUAACAUGGCCAAGUUAAAACAUUGAAAUUUACUAGGAUUCACACGUAUGCUUUACUGUAUGUUUUAGUUAUGAACCACUUUCUGCAUCAAAGUAACAAGUAACAUCAGUAUGCCAUAAUUUAUUACUACUUAAUAUUUUCGUUGAUUAUGUGAAAUAAAGUUUUGGUACACUUCA